CGCCGGCCAAUCACGCGCGAAUAGUCGUCCGCGAAGAACACCGCGAGAGAGUCUCUCCCGGGCCCGUCGUCGAGAGAGCGACGGAGAAGAUGCCACCGAUGCAAAGGUUUGCGGAGGCCGCGAUGAGGGAACGCGACCCUGACCAUGUCGCUCUCAUGUCCGCCCUCGAGAACGGCGAGCUCGAGCGGGCGGCCGAGAUCUUGGCGCGCGACAGUCAAAAUAAGUAUAUCCAGCCGAUAGGCGCGCUCCAGGUGACGGCCUUGCAUAUGGCCGCGUGGCAAGGAAGGAUCGACCUGUUGGAUCUGCUCUACGUCAAGGGCGCCAACGUCAACGCCACGGAUAAGAUCGGCAGGGGCGCCCUUUAUUACGCGGCGUACUGCGGCUACGCCGACGUCACCCGCUGGAUCCUCCAGCACGGAGGUGACACCCAAGCCAAAGUCGGCGUCAACUCGUGCACUAAGGACCUGUACAAGUCACCGCUCGUGAAAUCCAGCUUCAUCGGCAAAGUUUUACCGUUACCGGUGUGCUGGGGGAGAACACCGUUGCACCAGGCGGUGAAGAACAACCACGCCGAUGUAGUGCGCCUUCUGGUGGAAGCCGGCGCGGAUGUGAACGCCAAGGACGAGAACUUGGUCAGCCCGUUGCUGUUGGCGGGAAGCGCGGUGAAUCGCGACGACAGUCAGGAGAUGGCCAAGUUCGUCGAGAUCAUCAAGACCCUGGUGUCCGGGAAGGCGUUCGUCAACAUCAUUCAUCCGGACACGGGUACCACAGCUUUGCAUCACGCAGCGGGGAUAGGCAGCGCGGAGGCGACAAAGUUGCUGCUGACGAACGGCGCCUGGCCGAUGUUCAAGUGCAAAAGCUCCGGAAGCACACCCCUUCACAUCGCCGCGAGCGCAGGCAGCUUGGAGACGCUCAUCACCCUGCUCAGGGUGAUACAGCCCCAUUGCAUCGACACUUGCGAUCAGGUGAAUCAAACGGCUCUCCACCUAGCGUCCUAUCAGGGCCACAGCGACUGCGUGCGGAUGUUGAUCAAGUGUGGAGGCAACUUGGCCGCCAUGACGAAGACCGGAGUCACCGCUGUCGACGCGAUAUUCGCGCAUAUGCCGCGACCGUUGGACUUCUUAAAGGAUAUCUUGGAUUCUUGCGUACAGAUGAGCAGUAAUUGCUCCUCGGAGAAAUACAAUACCAUCACCGUCGACUUCAGCAUAUUGGCGCCCAAGUACCAUAUGCAAAUGAGGGUGAUGACCGCCAUCAUAGCCGCCACGUCGAGUGUCACGCAACUGGCGAUACUGCAACACCCGCUCGUGGAGACGUUCCUGCGACUCAAAUGGGCGAAACUCCGGAUCUUCUUCUUCCUGCUCGUGCUCGUGCACAUCGUCUUCGUCAUCUCCCUGUCGUCCUACGCUCUGAUGCUGUUGCAAAACGAGAACUACGUGCUGCAUCGAGGUUUCCUCGGCAUCUGCGCGUGCAUCAUUCUCAUACACAAUAUGAUUCAAGUGUUGCUGGAGCCCAGGCACUAUUCGAUGCAAUUCGAGACGUGGUUGUCGUUCAUGUGCGUCGUGCUGUCGUUGGCGACGUCGAUUGCGGGUAAGUGCGUGGAAUACACGAAGGACGACAUUCAACAAGGGCUGCAAGUACAAACGACGCAAGCAACGACUGAGAUGAAAGGAACACAGGCGGAAGGGGAGAAGCUUCUGCAGUGCCCGGAGUGGCUGCUGCAUUGCAUGAGCAUCAACAUCUUGCUGGGUUGGGUACAGAUGAUGCUGCUGAUCGGCCGGUUCCCCAUGUGGGGCUAUUACGCGCUCAUAUUCUCCGCGGUGCUGAAGAACAUGCUGAAGAUGCUCCUGGCGUUUGGCUACCUGAUCGUUGGAUUCGCGUUAAGCUUCGCCGUUUUGUUCCACGGGGGAGGCGAGUUUUGCGAUUUAUGGAGGGCCAUCGUGAGGACCGUGGUAAUGAUGAUGGGCGAAUACGAGUACGAGGACCUGCUGAAACAGAAGCAUCUACGGAUCACCACCAGAAUCGUGUUCUUUAUCUUCACGAUGCUCGUCAGCGUCGUCCUGAUAAAUCUCAUGAUCGGCCUCGCGGUCAACGACAUCCAGGGUAUCGAGAAGGAGGGCCACAUACGUCGGCUGCUGAAGCAGGCGGAGUUCAUUGCGCAUUUGGAGCGAGUGACGUCACACCGGAUCUUCCGCAGCAGCUGGCUGCGUCCUCGACUGAGCAUACACUCGAGCCGCGACAUUCCCGCCAAAAUGACGCUGAGCUACCGUGAGAAUUAUUCUCACCGCGCGAGUCAUAUUGAGGCGCCCCGCGACAUACCCUGCGAGCUGAAGGAGGCUCUAUUUCUCUUAGCCACGAAGUCCUGCUUCAUGAGCGACAACUCGGCGGGGGACAGAAACGCGGAAGACACCGACGUCAAACUGAGCUCGUUGCUGAACGGUUUGGAGGGGCAUCUACGGAAGCUGAGGCCGCGCUGCUCCAACAACUUGACGAGCCGGAAGCUGACGAGACCACGCAGGAACAAAAGAAAGUUCAAACCGAGAAACGUUAUCAACUUGUGACACGCUCCGUCGCGGACGAGCGACGCUGCGAAUUCAUUCUCAUCGUCACACUCUGCGUGUACUUUAUAUUUGCUACUACUUUAUACCUGUUUCAUUUUAGUAUACACACGUCGCGCUUCGUCGGGACUUUUCGAUAGAUUGUCGGGCGAGAGAUUUCGUUUUCCGUCCGGUAAAAAUUUAUUAAUACGCCAAGUGGUCCUCGAGUCUCGGAAUUUCGGUUCUACGUCAACUCUGCGAAUCUUCCAACAAACAUGAUGGAUCUCAACGUGCAACGUUAUACAGGAUAUUUAUCUCAGCCUAAGGUAGUGAAUAAAGGAGAGAGAAUUUGUCAUUUGGUUUAUUCAUUAAACUUGCGAAACAUCGAAGAAUUAAACUUGAAUAAGCUUAUGAAACAAGUUGUGCGAUUGAUUAAGGUAUGUUACUCGGUGAAAUUAAGACUUAAGAUUGGAGCCCGUUUAGGACUCAAUAGAGAAGAUGACGGUAAAUAAUCAGUCGGAGACACGAGAGUAGACGAUAGUCUGCGCGGCGCACAAUUGGCGAGCCUUUCGCAAAUUGACGUACUAAAGAAUGAACGUGGAAUUACGCAUUUUUGGGAUAGCAGAGAUUAACAUUAAACAUUGGUAUAUCAAGCAAAGCGAAGCAUUUCUCGGCUCGAGCCGAGGAACAAACGGCAGGUACACUGAGAGAGAAAAGUAUAUGAUAUUUGGAACUAUAGUGAUAUAGUAACUGAAUUAUUGUCCGAAAUA